CUAUUGCUGCUUUUAGUUUGUUGCCUGAUUCUAUGUAGUCAUGUUACUGUCUUCUUUCAGGUUCCACUACUUGCAGCUGUGUUAAUGCCAAUAUGUGAGGCUUUUGGAUCAUGUAUUCCUAAUGUCUCAUGGACUGCUGUAACUGGUGAAAAACUCACUUGCCAUGCGGUGUUCUCUAAUGCAUUUAUUCUCCUGCUGAGAUUAUGGCGGUUUAGUCUUCCACCUAUUGAACAUGUGAUGGGGGGUGCAGCAACUCCAGCAUUAGGAUCACAAUUAGGUCCUGAGUAUCUUUUAUUGGUUCGGAAUUGUAUGUUAGCAUCCUUUGGGAAAUCACCAAAAGAUCGUGUAAGAAGUAGAAGAUUUUCAAAAUUGAUAAGUUUUUCUACAGAGCCCUUAUUUAUGGAUUCCUUUCCAAAAUUGAACAUCUGGUAUCGGCAACAUCGAGAAUGUAUUGAAUCCACAUGCUCUACCCUUGCACCUGGACCUGGAGGGUCAGUUUCUCAGAUCGUUGAAGCACUACUAAGCAUGAUGUGCAGGAAAAUAAAUCGAAGUGCUCAGACAUUGACACCUACAACUUCAGGAAGCAGCAAUUCAUCCACUUCUUCAUUGGAUGAUGCUUUGAUGAAACUCAAAGUGCCUGCAUGGGACAUCCUUGAAGCGACUCCAUUUGUUCUUGAUGCUGCUCUUACUGCUUGUGCUCAUGGAAGACUCUCUCCUCGUGAAUUGGCUACAGGUCUCAAAGAUCUUGCUGAUUUUCUCCCGGCAACUUUGGGUACCAUUGUAAGCUACUUAUCAGCUGAAGUAACACGUGGCGUAUGGAAGCCUGCUUUUAUGAAUGGAACUGAUUGGCCCAGCCCUGCGGCAAAUUUAUCUACAGUCGAACAACAAAUCAAGAAAAUUCUAGCGGCCACAGGUGUUGAUGUGCCAAGCCUUGCCAUAGAUGGGAACGGUCCAGCUACACUUCCUUUGCCAUUGGCGGCCUUUCUAAGCCUCACAAUAACAUAUAAAUUGGACAAAUCUUAUGAGCGCUUCGUUGUUUUGGUUGGCCCAUCUUUGAUCGCUCUUUCUUCUGGUUGCCCCUGGCCAUGCAUGCCCAUUGUAGGUGCUUUGUGGGCUCAGAAGGUUAAGCGUUGGAGUGACUUUUUUGUAUUCUCUGCCUCUGCAACUGUCUUCCACCACAGCAGGGAUGCUGUAGUUCAGCUCUUAAAAAGUUGCUUCACCUCCACCCUUGGGCUUGGUUCUGCCUGUAUUUAUAACAAUGGUGGGGUUGGCACUCUCCUUGGUCAUGGUUUUGGUUCUCACGUUUCUGGAGGGAUCUCUCCAGUUGCUCCUGGGAUUUUCUACUUAAGAGUUUUCAGGUCUAUUAGAGAUGUCAUGUUCUUGACAGAAGAAAUUGUAUCUCUUUUGAUGCUUUCAGUUAGAGAUAUAGCAAAUGGUGGAUUGCCCAAGGGUGAAGUGGAUAAGCUCAAGAAGACUAAAUAUGGAAUGAGAUACGGACAGGUUUCUCUUUCUGCAUCAAUGACACGCGUUAAGCAUGCCGCUCUUCUUGGGGCAUCGUUUCUUUGGAUAUCUGGUGGUUAUGGUUUGGUUCAAUCUUUGUUUACAGAAACACUACCUUCCUGGUUUUUAUCAGCCCAAGGGUUAGAGCAGGAAGUGGGAGAAUCUGGAGUUGUAGUUGCUAUGCUGAGAGGUUAUGCACUUGCAAGUUUUGCCGUACUUAGUGGCACAUUUGCCUGGGGUAUUGACACUUCAUCACCAGCAUCAAAACGACGACCAAAGGUUCUUGAGAUUCAUUUAGAAUUUCUUGCAAAUGCCCUAGAUGGAAAAGUAUCUCUUCGCUGUGAUUGCGCAACUUGGCGUGCAUAUGUGUCUGGGGUUAUGAGCUUGAUGGUGAGUUGCACGCCACUGUGGAUUCAGGAACUUGAUGUGGGUAUGUUGAAGAGAAUAAGCAACGGAUUAAGACAGUUGAAUGAAGAAGACUUGGCUCUGCGCCUAUUAGAAAUUAAAGGGACAAGCGUCAUGGGUGAGGUAGCUGAAAUGAUAAGCCAAAGUAGAUUUUAACGGCCCACAACUUGGUGUAUGACCUUUGACUUUGGGAUUUUGUUACUCAUAUCAGGAGGAAGAAUGGCACACUUGAUUUGCUACUUGCUACCUUUUCUGUACAUAGCAAUGUAAAUUUCAUAAUUUUGUAUUAUCCCUUGAAUUUAGAGACUAGAGCAGUUACGUUUAGCUAACAGUAAAAACCUCUGAUCAUAGUUUUAUAGCAAUUAUUGUAUUCAUGUGUACUUAUAGCAUUCACAGAUUUCCUCGUGGGUCAUACGAGAAUUUGUUUUUUAUUUUUUUGAAUAUUCCAUAAAAAAAUUCUGGAUCAUUGGUCAUACAUUUUUUAA